AUGACUUCCCCUUCCUCGACAGACCCUUUUCCACCCCCGAUUCCCGUUGACACUCAUCCCCGCCGCGCGUCCGGGUCCAAGUCCCCUGAGUUCGAACGGUCCCUCCCCGACCCUAAUCGAUUGGCACCGGAGGAUGCAUACUUCGCUCCGUCGCUGUCAAGGGUCCGAUCAGCCCCGGUCAACUAUGGAGAAAGUCUGCAGUCCCUGAAUGGCGAUAGCGGUGCCCAUAUUGGGUCGGCGGCUGCCUUACGGAAGAGAGUUGGCGGUGCAGGGAGGAGACGAAGACGAAAAGGUGCUUGGAAGAAGCUCCUUUGGGUCAAGCAAUCGUAUCCCGACAACUACACCGACACGGAAACAUUUUUGGAUCACCUCCAGCGCAAUCCUCGAGUACGGCCAUAUGACUUCUGGCCACUGGUCGCCGAUUCGACUGUGAUUGUGCAGCAUGUAUGCUCAGUGGUGAUCUUCGUUUGUUGCUUCAUCGGUAUCGUCCAGGACCGAGUGAGUCCGGUCUCCAUUGUGUGCUGGGGAAGUGUUGGCACAGCCGUGGGCUGGAUUCUAUGGGACAACUGGAUUUGGAAGGAGCAUGCAGAUUCAGUGCAAGACCGAAAUGGAAUAACUGGAGGCGACGACAACUCCAGCUCAGAUUCAUUUGCCAGCGCCAUCAACACGCCCGCAAACAUUUCACAAUCCGAUGACUCCAAGUCGAGCGCUAUUCAUGGCCUCGGGCUGUCUAUAGCAGGGAAUGAAUCAAAAGAGAACCUGGCUUGUCGGAGUGCAAAUUUCAGCGAAAGCAUCGACGCAGUGGCUGAUUUGACAGCCCAAAGUGCUGUACCGUCUGCCUUAGGCAGCUCUAUGGGCAGCAUGGAUGCAUCGGUGUCGCCGAAUACCCACCGGAUUUCAAUGCUAUCACCCCGCAAUCGCCAGCGACUCACUACGGUCAAGUCGGCAUUCCUCAUCUACUUCUCCCUCCUGGGCCUCAGUCCCAUCCUGAAAUCACUUACCAAAUCCACUGCCAGUGACUCUAUCUGGGCAAUGAGCUGUUGGCUUUUAAUAAUGAACAUAUUUUCUUUCGACUAUGGGAGUGGGGAAGGCGCAGGCGCCACCACCAAGUUCCCUGCUUCUUUGUCCACGAACGCCGCUGUGAUGGCUUCGACUGUGCUCGCAUCCCGGCUGCCGUCUACGACACAUGUGUUCAGUCUCAUGCUAUUCUCGAUGGAAGUAUUUGGGCUGUUUCCGAUAUUCCGGCGCCAACUACGCCAGAAGUCAUGGACUGGUCACAUUCUCCUGACAUUGGCCCUCGUGAUCAUUGCUGGCGGUGCCGUCGGUGUCACACUGAGCGGCGGCUGGGCAGCAGCUAUUAUCGGAUCUGUUCUAGGCAGCAUCUUGACUGCGUUCGUCAUGGGAGGGUGUAGCUGGUGGCUCAUCAGCCUGCAGAAGUACAAGAACGUCGUGAUCGGUCCAUGGGAUCCUGCCCGGCCUAUCAUUCGGCGGCACUGGAACUAA